AAUUAAUUCGAUGAAAUUUACACAUUUUACUUUACUCAACUUUUUCAAUUUGUUCAUUUUCAAUAACUGUUAAUGGCGAAAUUCAGGCACUCUCGUGUGGCGCUUCGAAAACCGUCGCUAACAACUUUACAGACGUUGAUCUUCAUCUUGUUUGUGAUCUUCACAAUCCUCAUUCUCAUUCUAUUAACUCUCCGUAUCCCUAAAUUCAACCACCUCAACUUCAUCUCUCGUAGUAACACUCUCAGAAGCAAUGACGAUAACAAUAAGCGUUGGGUUGAAAUCAUAUCGUGGGAGCCUAGAGCGUUUUUAUAUCAUCAUUUCCUGACAAAAGAGGAAUGUGAACAUAUAAUCAAUAUAGCCAAGCCUCAUAUGCGAAGAUCAUCAGUGGUUGACAAUGAAACUGGAAAGAAUUUGAACAGCAGUAUACGGACAAGCUCUGGAACUUUUCUCGCGAGAGGACAUGAUAAAAUUGUGGAGAAUAUUGAGAAAAGAAUCGCUGAUUUUACUUUUAUACCUGUAGAGAAUGGCGAAGAAUUUAAUGUUCUCCAUUAUGAAGUUGGUCAAAAGUAUGUACCUCAUUUUGAUUUUUUUAGAGAUGAGUAUAAUAUUCGGAAUGGGGGUAACCGUAUUGCAACAAUGCUGAUGUACCUUUCAGAUGUUGAAGAAGGGGGUGAAACAGUGUUUCCAGCUGCAAAGGGAGAUUUUAGCUCAGCUCCUUGGUGGAAUGAACUUUCUGAUUGUGGAAAAGAAGGACUUUCAGUUAAACCAAAGAUGGGUGAUGCUAUACUUUUCUGGAGCAUUAAGCCUGAUUCAACUUUUGAUCCAUCAAGUUUGCAUGGUGCUUGUCCAGUAAUCAAGGGUGAUAAGUGGUCAUGUGCCAAAUGGAUGCGGAUGGCCGAAUUCACCUGAAUAUGCAUUAUUGUAGAAUGUUAUCUCUCCCUUGUUGUUGCACUGAGAUAAAUACAAAUAUAAAUAUAAUUUUACAGUUAUAGAGCGGAGCAAUAGUGUUUAUUUUUCUAUAUGUUGUACAUUAUUGCUAAGCUGAUUCAUAUUUGAAUCAGCUGAUAGAAUAUUUGCAUGAAACUUCAUAUAAAAAGUCGUCAGAAGUGAAAUAUCUUCUCAAUUUUGUGAUUUGUUUUGCACUGUCAUGUUUAUUAAGUUCUUUUUGUUUAAUGAUUUGACUGACUGGCAUAUAAGUUCAUAAAUAUAGUGAGAAAAUGUAUGUUGUGUGGAGAGGUAGUUUAGAAUUUGGUGCAUUAUGGCAACAAUUGGAACACUGAUAUCUGUCUACAAUCUACUAAAUUAAAUUUCUUUCUAACUAUUAUUUUGAGCUGCGGCUUACUAUUUCAUCACUUCAUGACCAUAAUAUGAGUUUUCACUAUCCACCUUGCAUGUUGAUUUGCUUCUUUUUAGGUUUGUAUCAUUGUAUUAGUUCAUGCCGUGCAA